AGUCCGCGGCGGCGGUACUUGAAAGCCAGCACAGAUCCACCCAAAUGGAGCCCUCGCCGCCCCACGGCUAGCGGGGCGUUCCCGGGGGGUUCCGCGCCUCCCCUCCACCAGGUGGAGCCAGUACUCACAUGGGAGCCUCCGCGGUUCAGAGGUCACAUCCCGCUGAAGUAAACUGCGCUCAAGCGGCCUUCAGGGGCGCGACCCCAGCGUUUUUCCUCGGCCCAAGCCCUGGCGCCGAGCAGAGACGACCUUAGCGGUCCUACACCUAGCGGUCCUGCAGGUCCCUGAAUCCUCUUCGGAUCAGCGCUGAGGAAAGGCGGGAGCUCAGCCGCGCGCCCUGCCUCCGCCGCCAUGGCCCAGCUGCGAGCCUGCGAAGUCCGGCAGCUGCUGCACAACAAGUUCGUGGUGGUCAUGGGGGACUCGGUCCAGCUGGCCGUGUACAAGGACCUGGUGCUCCUGCUUCAGAAGGACUGCCUGCUGUCCUCCAGUCAGCUGAAGGCCAAGGGCGAGCUGAGCUUCGAGCGCGACAUGCUGCUGGUGGGCUGCAGCAGCGGCCGCAUGCACUACGACAGCCACUACCGCGAGGUACGCCAGUUCCGCUCGGGCCACCACCUGGUGCGCUUCUACUUCCUCUCGCGCGUGUACUCGCACUACGCGGAGCGCGUCGUGGAAGAGCUGCGUAGGGCCGAGCCCGCCCCGGACGUGGUGGUCAUGAACUCCUGCCUCUGGGACCUCGCCAGGGAUGGCCGGGGCUUCCCCAGGAGCUACCGGCGUGACGUGGAGAGCCUGUUCGUGCGGCUGGACUGGGCGCUACCCACGUCCUGCCUCCUGUUGUGGAACACUGCCAUGCCCGUGGCCGAGACCAUCUCGGGAAACUGCCUCCCAUGCGCGCGCCAGCUCCGCCGCGCCCGCCUGCGCGAAGACGUGAUGGAGGCCAACUUCUACAGCUCCGCCGAGGCGGCGAGGCGCGGCUUCGACGUGCUGGACCUGCAUUUCCACUUCCGCCACGCGGCGCGGCACCGGCUCCCAGACGGCGUGCACUGGAACGAGCGCGCGCACCGCCACCUUUCCCAGCUGCUGCUGGCCCACCUGGCAGACGCCUGGGGUGUGGACCUGCCCCGCCGCCAAGCCGUGGACGGGUGGGUCAGGCAUGGCCACGCCAACAGACGUGCAGCCCCGGCGGGCAGAAGGCAGCCCCGAGACGACCGAGCGGAGCCACACGGCCGAGGGGACCGAGCGGGCCGAGGAGACCUCCGUGCCCCUCGACCGCUCGCUUCGUUCUUCUGGGCUCGACCGCCUUUCCCUCCCCGCCGUCAGGUCGCCCAUCUGCCCUCUGACCGGCAUUUCUCCAACGACUCGUCCACGCGCCAGAUCCGACACAGCGGCGAAGAAAACGCCAGGGUUGGCCGCGAGUCGCGGCCGGGCCCCAUCCGCACACGCUCUGCUCUGCGCCGAGAGAGGGGGCAUUCCCCUUACCGUCCGUGGCGCCCCAGCGAGCCACACCUAAGCCAGCGAAGCCGCACACGCACACACAGAGGGGAACCGAGAACAUCCAGGCCUCAGUAGCCAGACCUGGGAGAACGUCCUGUCUUCCCCAGCAUGGUCAAUGGGCUGCCUGACCACUAUCACACGGGCCUGGCCUUCAGCAACUCUUCCAAGGUGGGGGUAUUUUUACGCUUCCUACUCCAAUCAGUGAACCGCUUUCCACAUCACUUGUCUUUGCCAGAGCUUGCACGCCACUUUUAGGGAAGGGAGCAGGGACCCAGAUCACCAGGCCGUUCCCCUCUAAGCAUUUAGGGAGAAAUGAAGUCUACAUAAAAGUGCCCCUCGCCUUAAAAAAACAAACAAAAAACAGCCAUACCCGAAUGUAAGUCUUCAGGCAGUAUUUUCCAUUGACAUUCUUCCAAAAAAAGGGUGGCACUAACAAUAUUUCUUAACAUAAAUCUCAGAGGAAAGGGGCUUUCCUCAGAAGUCCUGGGAAGUUAGUUGGUGGCUGCGCCCACCUGCCCACAUACGACUACUCUGCAGUGCUCCAAGUGGGGCUCAUGACUUAUCCGAUGACGACACAACUUCAUGCCACAGAAAGAAGAGGAUGCCCUUUAAAGGUCUUAGAAAAUCUUCUCAGAGCUCACUGCAAGACAAUAAAGAAAAACACUUCUGUAAAUAGUGUUAAAUGACACUUGGGGGCCAGCAAAAUCAGAGAAAA